AUGGUAUUUUGGUGGGAAGCAAAGGCAAAGGACGAGGAUCAGCGGGUGGAGCAAUUGGAGCAAGAAGAGGACACUCGAGCAGAAGAGGAGGAGGCCAAAGCAACGAAAGAACCUGAUCGGCACGACAAGGAAAAGGAUUGUACCCUGCAACAUGCCAGCAGCUAUUCCGAUAAUGUCCAAGAUGACCAGAGCAACCUGAUCCGUCUUGCUGGCAACAUUGCUGGUGACGACAAUACCGAGAUGAACGGUCCCGAUCAGGAGGGCUUGAAGGAUGUUACCAAAGGAUCAGUCAACGCCACCGAAGAGAGACUCGAUCAAGAGGAUAAGAACAAGGUCCCAACAGCAGAGUCUGGUCGAUUCGACAAUGGUGGCACACUCCUGAGCACUACCCCCCAAACGGCUGCCACAAGUACCACCAAGAUUGCAGACGAAUCAGAUUAUGUAUUGACGGACAAAGAAGACAACAAGAAUCUCCUUGAUGCUCUGCUGCAAGCUGGAGAAACGGCCAUUGAAAAAUCAGAUCAAGUCGUUGCGAAACAGGACGACGAACAGCCGCGAUUGCAAUCUACCGUUCAAAAGAGUGCCAAUGAGGCUGCCCACGGAGGAAUAGUUGUUGUUGUUGACGUGGACACAGCUGUCUUGGAAGUUUCCCAUCAAGGGGGUAAAAAGGCGCUGGAUGCCGGCUUGUACAAACGGGAUGCACGCAAAUACAAAGACGUGGAUGACGAAACAGAGCCGUCGUCAGGGCCAGAUGGCGAACAGGAAGAAGAAGAAGAAGAACUGGAUGACGAUUCUGUGGUAUCUUCGUUAAGCGCCACCAGUACGGCACUAUCUUCGAUCGACGAUGAAACAGAGUACUGGACAAUGGAGCAUGGUGAUCCAGCGCACCGGACAAUUGAGAAUGGUUGGUGUUGA